AUGGCGCCGCAGGGAGGUCCCCACGGCCACCCCUCGUGGGUCACGUCUGCCUCCCCAUUCCGGGCAGAAGAUCAGAGCAUUGAUCUAGAUUCUCGCAUCGCCUCCGGGGAGUUUUCUGACACAGGCUCCACCAAGGAGCGCCUCACCCGGCCCCUGCGCAAAGCCCUUGCCAAGGACCCCAUAGGACCAGGCAGGGCCCUGUCGUACAAGCUGGCACAGCUGGGGUCCAGGUGGAAGUGGAACGCGGCACGGCGCAUCCCUGAAGCGCGCGGCGAUAUAAGAGAGAUUGUGGGUCAGCCGGUGUUUCUGCCCCUGUUCAGCCUCUUCCAGCGGUAUGGCCCCGUCUUCCGCCUCACCUUUGGCGUCAAGUCGUUUGUCAUCGUGUCUGACCCCGCCCUGGCCAAGCAGAUCCUGUCCACCAACGCAUCAAACUAUAGCAAGGGCAUCCUGUCUGAGAUCCUGGACUUUGUCAUGGGUCAAGGCCUCAUCCCGGCAGACGGUGAGGUGUGGAAGAUCCGCCGGCGGGCCAUCGUCCCAGCCCUGCACAGACAGUACCUGAACUCCAUGCUCAACAUGUUUGGCGAGUGCAGCCUGCACGGCGCUGCGGUGCUCAGCAAGGCAGCCGAGGAGGGCACAAUGGUGGAGUUUGAGAACUUCUUCUCCCGCCUGGCCCUGGACAUCAUCGGCAAGGCUGUGUUCAACUACGACUUCGACUCCCUCACCCACGAUGACCCCGUGAUCAAGGCCGUCUACCUCACCCUGCGCGAGGCGGAGUACCGCUCCACCUUCCCCAUCCCCUACUGGAACAGCGCCCUGCUCCGCCAGCUGGUGCCACGUCAGCGCGAGGUGCAGUCGGCGCUCCAGCUCAUCAACAGGAAGCUGGGGGAGCUGAUCGAGAACAGCAGGAGCCUGGCUGAGCGGGAGGACAAGGCGUUCGAGGAGGAGUUCCUGUCGCGCUCCGACCCCUCCAUCCUCCACUUCCUGAUCGCGGCGGGGGAUGACGUGACCAGCAAGCAGCUGCGGGACGACCUGAUGACCAUGCUGAUUGCGGGGCACGAGACCACUGCGGCCGUGCUGACCUGGACGCUGCACUGCCUGGCCACCCACCCGGAGGCCAUGGCCCGCCUCCAGCGCGAAGUGGACGAGGUCCUGGGCGACCGCCUGCCGGCCCUGGCCGACUACCAGGCUCUGCGCUACACGACACGCGUGAUCAACGAGGCAAUGCGCCUGUACCCGCAGCCCCCUGUACUCAUCCGACGCGCACUGGGGGAGGACACGCUGCAGGGCUUCCGCCUGCCCAAGGGCUCCGACAUCUUCAUCUCCGUCUGGAAUCUGCACCGCUCCCCCGCGCACUGGGACAGGCCCGAGGCCUUUGACCCCGACCGCUUCGACCUGGCGGGGCCCACGCCCAAUGAGAUCACCACCGGGUUCGCCUACCUGCCCUUUGGCGGGGGCCGCCGCAAGUGCAUAGGCGACCAGUUUGCGCUCAUGGAGUCAGUGGUCGCCCUGGCCGUGCUGGCGCGGCGCUUCGACGUGGCGGUCCCGCCCGACGCGCCAGAGGUGGGCAUGACCACGGGGGCCACCAUCCACACCGCCAACGGCCUGUGGCUGAACGUGCGGCCCCGGAGCCUGGCCCGCCAGGAGACCAGCGUUGGGGAGGGGGAGGUGGCGGGCCUGGACACAUCCAUGCUGGUGGGAAAAUGA